AUGGGAGACGCUCAGUCUGCGCAACGGGAGAGCAAGAAGGAUGCAGCGGCUGAGGAGGAGAGCGGAAAAGUGGAUGAUGCCCGGGCUGACCAAGAUGCUGAAGACAAGCCUCUCAAAAAGAAUGGGCAAAUCUCUGAGAUCAGUGGAAAAGCAGACAGCACUACAGCAGAAGUUAACGGUCACUGUGAGGAUGAGAUUGCUGCAGAGGCUAUCCUUUCUCCAGACGAAGAUGUUUCAGAAACAACAAAGCCACCUAAAGAAGGACCAUUAGAAAAUGUUGAAAUUAAUGAAAUGGAAUCUCCUAAUGAAGCUGAUGGUGACAAAGAAAUACCCCUGGAAAUUACCGAAAUGGACGCAAAGCAGAAUGACAUCAAUGAAAGUUUCAGGAGAUUUUUCAGUAACAUUGGUUUGAAACUGACAGUAAAAAGAGGCUCAGUUGGAAAAGCUGAAAUAACAGCAGAUGUGCCUGAUGAGGCUAAGAAAGAAGAAUCAAACAGACCAGAAGACAUCGAGGAUACUGCAAAAGAAACCAAAAGUGAGAGUGCUGAACAGAAUAUUGAUCUGAACGCAGCACAGGAGACUUAUGACAAUGAUUCAACGACAUGUCCUACCCUGACAGAUGCUCCAUCGGAGGACGUUGUAGGAAAUGCAGAGGAGAAAGCAACAGAGGCAAUAGAGGAAGCUGAAUCUGAUAGUGUGGAUGCAGCAACAAUUCCACCUGUAGAUGACGAUGAAAAAGCAAAACAGGACGACACAACUGAUGGAGAAACGCAGCCAACAUCUCCUUCUGGUCAUGAGACAGAGGAGGUCGUAUCUCCAAUUAAAAGGUUUUUUACAACUGGAAUCUUUUCUGGACUACGGAAGAAAAAGAAGCCCACUGAAGAUGACACAACUGAGAAAGAACUGGUGGCAAUGGGGAAUAAGGAAACAGAAGAGACAAAAGAAGAAGAACAACAGGAUAAAGAGGAGAUUAGUCUAGGUGUUGAGGCAGCUACAGUUGACACAGAAAAUAAAGAAAAACUUAAAGAGGAGAUUGUGCCUGCAGAAUCAGCUCAGACAACUGAUGAUGGGAAAACACCUUCUCAAGAGAAAGUUCAAGCCAGCCCCCUGAAAAGGCUCCUAUCAGGGUCCAGUUUAAAGAAACUCUCCAAAAAGCAGAGAGGCAGGAAAUCAAGUGACGCAAAGCUGUCAGACUCUGGAGAACACUUUUCAGAUCAGCUCGUGUCACCUACCCAGUCAGCUGAGAAUCAGAAAGAGGAAAGUCCUGCACAGCAGUCUGCAGAGGCAGGAGGAGAGGAGGAUGGCGCAUGGGCUUCUUUCAAAAAACUUGUGAGUCCGAACAAACGUAUGAAGAGGUCCUCCUUGACCAAUGAAGAGACACAAGUCCCAGGCUCAGCAGAGGAAACAAAACCAAGUGAAGGAGAGCAAAUAUCAGAUCACAGCACUGAAGAAGGCAAAAAAAGAAAAGAUUCAUCUGUGUCAUGGGAAGCUGUUCUGUGUGGAUCUGGAAGGAGAAGAAGCCGAAGCCGAAAAACGUCAGACUCCGAGGAUGAAACGCCCCAAGCUGAAAAUGACAAUAAGAAGCAAGCAUCACCCCUGGAAAGUUCAAACGAGGCUGAUGAAACUUUAGCCUCUCCCCCCAAACCCUCUGAAGGAAGUCCUUCAGAGGGUGAUGGAGGAUCAACAUGGAGAUCAUUUAAAAAACUUGUCACCCCCAAAAGGAAAGCGAAGGAUGAGGAAGAAAGCAAAGAUAACAUACAGUCUGACAGUGAAGUUUCUCAGGAUGAUUCCUCCUUUUCAAUAAAGAAACUCCUCCCAGGUCGAAAAAAGAGGAAGUCUGCAGAGAAGCAAGACCAAGUAUCUUCAGAUGAGGCUGAUAAGGAAGUUGCUUCAGGGGAUGAAGAUUCAGAGACACCAGCUGUGGUUCCUUUGUCUGAAUUUGAUACAGCUGAAACAGAAGUUCACAUAAAAACACAGGCUGAUAUAGAAAGUGAUAUACCCAAGGAAGCAGACUACGAACUGCAGCAAGACCUCCUUGAUCAAAUGGCUGAACGGGUCCCACCUUGUGACAGUCUGCAAACUGAAGCAAAGAAAGUCCAAGACAAUGAGGUCAGUUUAGAAAAUGAGGCAUCUACAUCUCCUGCUUCAAAUAAAGAACAAGAGGACUUUACAGAAUUAAUCAGUAAACAUCAGCAACUCAGUGAUAUUCCAGAAGAGGGUAUAAUUACAGAGACCAUGGCCACUCCAGCUUCAGUCAAUGAAGAGGCAGCGAGAGAUGACACUAUAGCAGAGGAUCUGAUAGAGAUCACAUCUGAGGCAAUAACUGCUCAAGAGCCAGUUGACAUUACCUUGGGAGAUGAUACUGAGAUGAUCUCUGCAGUUUCCCAGCUAUCAGAGUCUUCAAACACAUCUGGCAACGCAACACCAGUCCCAGUAGAAUACGACGUCAAACAUGCAGAGGCAGUCCUGCAUCAGGUUGUCGAAAACAUCUCCAUAAGCCCAAAGGUAGUUCCAGUGUGCUCAGAUGAGUUAACCUCACAAAGAAUAGUUGGAUCUGUCUCGCAUCAAAUACUCGAAACAUUUGUAAAAGAGGACCCAACAAUCAUGGAAAUCCACAGAGGAUCAGACGCAACUGCCAUUAACACAGGUCUAAAUGUUCAAGAACUGGAUGUAAUUAAUAAACUCGCAGCAACAGCCCAAACAGAGAGCAUAUCUGAAGUCAACGAAGCUGUUUCCACAGAAAUUGUAUCUGAAGUUCCAACAGAUGAGUUUGACACAGCUGAAAUUGCUUUAGAUGAAGUUCAUGAGGUCAGUAUUUCACAUCCAGAAGAAAGCAUAAAAGAAUUAGAAAGUAUUGAUGAGAGCCAAUAUGUGGUGGAAAGCCAAUCUGAGGUAAAUGAAGCUGUGUCUAUAGAGAAAUUACCGAAAGGUGAAGAGAUUAUUGCAGAUGAAGGUACUCUUGUUGGGGACCAUGAAGAUGAAAAAGCACCCCCAGAAAUUGACUCUCAAGAAGCAGAAUCAGUUGCUACAGUAGCAGAAGAAAGUAAGGAGGCAGAUGUGGAGCAGGAAGUCCAAACUCUGACACAAAAGGAAGAUCAAAUCUUGCAUGAUAUUACUGAUCAAGUUCAAGUUGAGGAUAAAGAUGAACCACCAGCAGAGGUGGAGGAGUUACAAGAAUUAGCAGCUGAACAAGAUGCCACAUUAGAUUCAGAGGAGGGUGGAGCUCAAUUGCUUGAAAAGGAAGUACUAUCAGAAGAUAUUCCAGCAGCAGAAACAGUUACAGACAGACCCAAAGAGGAAGGAGAGUUUCUCACUGAAGAUAAUGUUGAGGCAAAGGCGGAAAACAAACUACAAGCAGAAGCUGCCAAAACCGAACGACAUGUUGAAGAAUCAGAAGUGUUAGAAGCUGUACAAAGAGCCACAUUAGAUUCAGAGGAGGAUUCAGAGGAGGGUAGAGUUCAACUGCCUCAAGGGGAAGAACCAUCAGAGGACAUUCCUGCAACAGAAACUGUUACAGAUGAACCCAAAGAGGAAACAGAAAACAUCACUGAAGUCAGUGCUGAGCCAGAAAACAAAGAACUGAAAACCGAUACUCCAAAUAUUGAUGAUCAUCAAGUUGCAGAAGUUUCAGAGGCUAUGCAAGAACCCAUAUUAGAUUCAGAGGAGGGUAGUGUUCAAUCACUUGAAAAGGAAAUUAUAUCAGAGGCCACUCCAGAGGCAGAAACUAUUACAGAUAAACCUAAAGAGGAAACAGAGCCUCUCAUUGAAGUCAGUGAGCCACCAGAUGCUUUAGAAACUGAAUGUGUUCAAGAACUAGAGGUAUUAGAAGCUACCCAAGUAGCAAAAUUAGAUACAGAAGAAAGUUCUAUCCAAUCACUUGAAAAGGAAGUGAUAUCAGAAGAAAUUCCACCAAAAGAACCUAUUACAGAUGAACUAACACAGCCGACUGAAGGCAGUGCAGAGCCAGAGAAAGAACUAUCAGUAGAAGGUGCCACAACUGAACAUGUCAGAGAACCAGAAGUGUUGCUGCCUGACGUACAUGACAUUGCAACUGAAAAAGAAACCGAAGUAGAGGCACCUAUGCCUGCAAACAUAGUCACAGAAAGUGCUGAGGAAGGUAGUUCUCAGGAACUUGAAAAGCAAAUACUGUCUGAGGACGUUCCCAAGCCAGACACUGAAGACAUCGUCACUUCAGUUGCAGACGAAACCAAGAGUAAAGUUGAGGCAGAACAGAAUGAGGCCUUAAAGAUAAAUGGGGAUCAGACAACAGAGAGUACACCACACGAUGUUCAUGUUGGGGAGGAAGACCACAUCCCUGAAGUUGUAGAUGAGUUACAAACAUUAACAGCAGUUCAUGUAUCCUCUGUUAAUGAGGAAGCACGUAGUGUUCAGAUUAGAGAAAAAACUGUGUUUUCUGAAGAAACCCCAGCACCUUGUGUUGACAAUGCUGCAGUUACACAAGAACCCCAGCACGGGGCUCAUGUCAGUGCAGUGCAAGCCAGUGUUGAGGGGCAAGGUGUACUUCCCAGUCCUGAAAUAAAGAGUGCUACAGUUGAGCGUGCCAUAGUGGCAGAAGUGACCACAUGUUAUCCAAAAGAUGUCUCAGCUGUGAUACCUGAUGUUUUGAUAGAGAAAACAUCAGAGGUUCAUGAGCCACUGAUAGACUCAGUGGCAAGUGAGCAAGACUUCAAGCAGACAAUCGAAACUGCGACACCACUGGUGAAAGACGAUGUAUCAGAGACAGCAGAGGAAGGUAGUGUGGUUAUGAUGAUGAAUGUGCCGUCAGUACAGUUAGAGGACAAUCACAGAAUUGAAGUGCAGGUGGUCGACGUUGAUAUUAGAUCAGCUGAGAUGGUUGUUGACACAACAUUAGAGGUUGGGGAAACAGAAGUCAAAGAAGUCAUAGAUGUUUGUCAUGAAACACUUAAAGAAGUAGACAAGCUUUCUGCCACAUCAGAGACUGAAGAGAAAUUAAUUAGUGAGGAAAACACUGUGACCAUUCAAGAAGUUAUUCAACACGUAAAGGAGAACGUCCCAGAGACAGCACCUCAGCCAGCGCUUGACAACUUGGAACAAGAACUUAUAAAACAGCCAGAUGCUGUGACAGAGGCAAGUGAGAUAGCUCAAAGUGAGUUAAGUGAAGUGGAGGAUCAAAAAGUGAUGGAGGAUAGUAUUGAACCGUUCAGGGAAAGACAAGAUGAAGUGUGUGCUGUCAUCAGUGAUGACUCUGCAACUGAACAGCAAGCGUUUGAGGAUCUCAAGCAAGCACCUGCUGCUCCAGGAAGUUCAGAUGUCUCGAUCCAUGAUCGCAAAGAGGAUCUGGCGGAAGCUAAAGCUGAACCGGACAAAUCUGAAGCAGAUGUCACAGCUGAAGAGGUCAAAUUGUCAUCAGGAGAAUUAGAUGUGAAGAAAAUUCAUGAGGACACACAAAUUUCACAAAUUGCCCAGAGUCAGAUCGUAACACCUAGUAACGCUGGACUAGUGGUCCCCCAAAACACUGGAAUAAUCUCAUCAAUAGGUAAUGUGGAGUCCCCCUCUAGCCUUUCUUUAGAAUUCAAACUUAACAUACAAUUUGGGCAAACAAAGGCACCAGCUUCUCCACCACCUACAACAGAGAGAGCCGAACCAGUGAAAAAGACAGAGAUGUCUGAAGUCGGUGUUCAGGCAGAGGAACCCGAGAAGCAAAUAAAUCCGACACAAAGCGCUGAGAGCCAGAAACAGACAGAGUUAACUGAGGUUGCUGUUCAGACCCCAGAAACCACAGAACCAGAGCCAGCUAACAUAGAUUCAACAGAAAGAGCAGGGAUCAUGACUCAACCUUUACUUCUGAAUGUUUGUAUGCAAGCAAUGGAAACAGUAGAACCAGUAGAACAAAUCAAAGCAACAGAGAGGGUAACCCCCAACGUCCAGGCGACGGAAACAAUACAAAGAGUAAGGCAAGCAGAGAAAAGAGAAGUGUUCCUGAGUAAACCCCUACUCUCUGAAAUGUGUCACCAAGAAACACAAGCAGAGGACCCUGUCAAACAAACAGAGGAGGAAAAUGACCAAGAUGUGUGGAUGGAUGCUGAGGAAGACAUUUACACUCAAGCGGAGGUGUCCCCUCAUGAGGUGGAGGAACCUCAGGAACAUCAGACAGAAAGUGACCAGGCGGGAAAUGCAGGACAUGAUGAUGAGUUUGAAAUGGCUCCUACUUUCAAGACCGAGGAGGACGAAAGUCAGCAAGAAAUGAUCAGAACAGAAGGAACAUGUGAAAUUGAGAGCGAAGGUGAAGAUUUUGCUGUUGCACUUGAGCAUCAGGAAACUGCAACUGCAAACAUCACUGAGAUGGAGUGGGAUUAA